AUGGUGGUCCAUGCGCGCCUCCGUUGGCUGCGCGAUCAGAUCGUCGCUGGAGUCGCCGCGCACCUCACCUUCGGAGCCGCCGCCUUCGAGGGUCGCGGUAAGGUCAAGGUGGUCCUCGACCCAGCGCGGCCGCGUACGUCGCCCACGGCGCGGGCCGUGCUUCUCAGCGCCGCGUCGGCCCUCGAGGAGCAGGCUGGACACGCUGUCGUGGUGGACCGCGGCCACCGCUUCUCCGACGGCCGCGCGGAGGCGGAGUCGUGGGUGGAGGUUCAGUUCAUGCUGCUGGUGUCGACGGCCAUGCCGAUGAUCGCCUUCCUGGAGUUCAUGCUACUGCUCCAGCCGUCGCUGGUCUCCCUGGGGGCGGUGAUUCUCCGGCGGCUGCGGAGCCAGCAGUGCGGCCUGACGCUGAAGUCCCUGGCGGUCAGGCGGGUCGUGAGGCACAAGGGGGCGGCGCAGGACAAGGCCGAGCAGCGGGCGCCCGGGGGCGGCAGCGACAGCGACGACGAGGACCUCGGCGCCGCCGCCGAGCCGAUGGGCCUGUCGAUCAUGCCCAAGGGUUUGUUCAGCAUGCCAGCUGGGCCUGCAGAUGAUGACGACGACCUCCUAGGUCCCGCCGCGGGGCCGCCGCCGCGGAGGGCGCCGACCGCGGGCGCGGCGCCCGCGGAGGACGACGACGACAUCUUCGCUGCCCGCGACGACGCCGGCGGGGCUGCCGACGACACGUUCAGCUCUGGCCCGCAGGAGUCCGCCACAGAUAUGGCGGGCGGCCUCUUCGACGAGCUGCCUGCGCCGCAGGAGGCGCAGACGGCGGCGGCGUGGCUGCCGGCGCUGCCCACGACGGGCAUGGGCGCCAUGCCGCUGUCCGCGAUGCCCGUGGGCGCGCUGGACGCCGCGGCGCUCGGGACCGCGAAGGCGAGGAAAGGCAAGCAGGCCGAGUGA